ACUGUCUCUCUUCAGUCUGGCCCCAUCUCUGCUGUAUCCUUAAUUAAAGUCCGUGGCAUAUAGAUAAUUCUGAUCUCCUUUUUUUCAGAACUCAGGCCAGUUUUAGUAUAUUUCUUAGAUUUUUUGGAUGAGGAGGUGAUAAAUGAGAAGAAUUAUGUACUGCUCUGAAGUCUUCCUCUUACGCUGGUGACACCAACUUUAUAGUGACAAGAUAUAUAACUCACCGAACAAGAUUUGUGAUGAAAUGGAGCCUGGAACAAACUCUUUUCGGGUAGAAUUUCCUGAUUUUUCCAGCACUAUUCUGCAGAAACUGAACCAGCAGCGCCAGCAAGGACAAUUAUGUGAUGUCUCCAUUGUUGUGCAAGGCCACAUUUUCCGGGCACACAAAGCUGUACUUGCUGCCAGUUCACCCUAUUUCUGUGACCAGGUACUCCUGAAAAACAGUAGGAGGAUUGUUUUGCCUGAUGUGAUGAACCCAAGAGUAUUUGAGAACAUUCUCCUGUCUAGUUACACGGGACGUCUCGUGAUGCCCGCUCCAGAAAUUGUUAGUUACUUAACAGCAGCGAGCUUCCUCCAGAUGUGGCAUGUGGUGGACAAAUGCACUGAGGUUUUAGAGGGAAACCCCACAGUCCUGUGUCAGAAGCUAAAUCAUGGCAGUGACCACCAGUCUCCGAGCAGCAGUAGUUACAACGGCCUGGUAGAGAGCUUUGAGCUGGGCUCAGGGGGCCACACUGAUUUCCCCAAAUCCCAAGAACUGAGAGAUGGAGAGAAUGAAGAGGAGAGCACCAAAGAUGAGCUGUCGUCACAGCUCACUGAGCAUGAAUACCUUCCCAGCAACUCGUCCACAGAGCACGACCGACUGAGCACUGAAAUGGCGAGCCAGGACGGGGAGGAGGGGGCCAGUGACAGUGCCGAGUUCCACUACACCCGGCCUCUGUACAGCAAGCCCAGCAUAAUGGCACACAAACGCUGGAUUCACGUGAAGCCCGAGCGCUUCGAACAGGCGUGCGAGGGCAUGGACGUGCACGCCCCCUACGAUGAGCACCAGGUCACUGAGUCCAUCAACACCAUGCAGACGGAGCACUCAGCCCAGCCCUCAGGAGUAGAGGAAGACUUCCACAUUGGGGAGAAAAAGGUGGAAGCAGAGUUUGACGAACAGGCCGAUGAAAGUAAUUACGAUGAGCAGGUGGACUUCUAUGGCUCUUCCAUGGAAGAGUUUUCUGGAGAGCGGUCGGAUGGAAAUCUGAUUGGACACAGACAGGAGGCGGCCCUAGCAGCAGGCUACAGUGAGAAUAUUGAAAUGGUAACAGGGAUUAAAGAAGAAGCAUCCCACUUAGGUUUCUCUGCCACCGACAAGCUGUAUCCUUGUCAGUGUGGGAAAAGUUUCACUCACAAGAGUCAAAGAGAUCGACACAUGAGUAUGCACCUCGGUCUUCGGCCUUAUGGCUGCGGUGUCUGUGGUAAGAAAUUCAAAAUGAAGCAUCAUCUCGUGGGCCACAUGAAAAUUCACACAGGCAUAAAGCCAUACGAGUGUAAUAUCUGCGCGAAGAGAUUCAUGUGGAGGGACAGUUUCCACAGGCAUGUGACUUCUUGUACCAAGUCUUAUGAAGCUGCAAAGGCUGAGCAGAAUACGACUGAGGCUAACUAAAAAUAGGAUCUGGCCCUUGAGUGGCAGGCACAAAAAUAAACUAUGGUAAUUAUGCAAAUCUGGGCACAGAUGAUAUGUGCUACUUGCUAUUAUGAGAGAAGCUUAAAAAAAAAAAAGGAAGAUAUUUCUGAAAGACCAGUUCUAAGUAGGCCAAUUAAAAAAUCUAAUUCCUCAGCUUUGUAUGUUCCAGUCCCGGCCUGGAGUAGGUAAUGGGGGUAAGUUACCCCCGCUCCCAGUAGCAAGGCAGACCUCUAGGCCUGUCACGAUUGAGGCGGGUGCGUUUGGUGAUAGAUACCUGCCCUUGGAACUGGACUCCAGCCCACCAGUUCCACUUCAGGUGGCAGCAGUUUUUGAUCACUCAUUAUUACGAGCUCAUGUUGGAAUUUCAUUUUGCUCUUUCUAUGGAUACUUAGGUAAUAUGGGUUUGUUUUGGUAACUGCUUCACUGAAUGAAAUGCUACUUCUGUAAAAGCUACAGGUAAUGUGAUUCCUAGGAUGCAAAAUUGAUUAGCAGAGCUCUCUUGUCUGGUUUUAUUCUUUCUAAAGUGUAUUUCACCUAAAACAAUGGAGAUACUAAGAGGUGACAUUCUAAGUAUGAAACAACUUAUGGUACAAGCUUCAGUUUCUAUAAGAUGCCACUGUCACAGUGUGUUUCAGACUCUUGAUAAGGCAGAGUAUUUUAGUACUAACAUUUAGUUUGAAAUACUGUAUCUUCUUAUAAUUCUCUAGUGUGCCAGAGAUAGGUAUUUCGAAUUGGUUCACUGUCUGAAAUCCUUUGUUUAAUUGUAGCAUCUACACAGUGGGGUCUCCUCUGUGGCUAGGAGACGUCUGGCCUGCUGCGGCUGACCACGGUACCACUGGCUGCUGUAGCCGCUCUGCUGUCUUAGAUUAUGGUGCUUCCCGAAAGGGUCGGUCAGUGGGGAGGAGCCAGAAGUCACGGCUGAGCGUUACCUGUGAACUUCAGGAGUUACUAGAGUGCCACAGCGACACUCCAGCUGUCAGCGUGAGCGAUGCCAGGAGCAGGAUUUUGAGUGGCAGGUUAUACUUGAGAGGGGGAAAAGCUGCCCAGGAAAAGAGGAGUCUCGCAAAUGCACUGGAAGGGGCGAUGCUCUUCUAGAGGGGACGCUGAGCUCCCGCUGGCAGCUCUGUAGGAGUGCUGGGCGUUUUUUAAAAGGGGGAAAGGACGAGUCCUAAUCUUAGAAAGUAGUCUACAGAUUCAUGCUCCCAAAUUCUAUAUAAAGCCGCAUAAAUUUACAAGUCCACAUAGCUAUACCUACCAAAAACAACAAAAUCAGCAGCUAUUCUGAGACCUUAUCUGCCAAUCAGAUGUUUUAGGGUAAAAAGCAAGCUUAUAUUCAGGAUGCUCGUAAGCAGAGUAACACACCUGACGUUUUCACCGGAGUGGGACAGGUGCUGCUCUUACGUUACCUUCUCCUUAAGCUUCCCGGCCUGUUACUGCCAAGUGGAAACUUUUUUUUCUUCCUUAAAAUAAAAAGAACUUUUCUUGGA